UAGCCAAAGACGUUUGGCGCGGUUGGUAGAGAGACGACCGACACCAGACGAGAGAGGAGUAGGGGGGCCGUGGUCGUCACCGCAUUUCUCUUGUUUCAUAGUGGUAUCUUUUGGCGACGGCACCAGCAGAUAUAACAUUAGAAGCAGCCUUUUUUUUAAAAAGAGAGUUGGUCUGUUUGUUAAUCCGUGUUGUCAGUCUCCGGUUUCGCCGUCUGUCGGUGCAAGCAGACGGAAACAGCUUCAAUAUGCCUCCCAUCGAAAACGACACCGGGAAGAAUGAACUCAAAACUCGGAUACAGCAGCUCAUUGACUCCAAUCAAGUCCUGGUUUUCAGCAAAAGCUACUGUCCGUAUUGUGUGAAGGUGAAGGACUUAUUCAAAGAGCUCAAAGUCGACUGCAAUGUGGUGGAGUUGGAUCUCAUGGAUGAUGGACCCAACUACCAGGAACUGCUGGUCGAGAUGACUGGACAGAAAACUGUUCCUAAUGUCUUCAUCAACAAGAAGCACCUUGGCGGCUGUGACAACACAAUGAAGGCUCAUCAAGACGGCAGCCUGCAGCAGCUGCUGAGUCAAGAAAAUGAUGCUUAUGACUACGACCUGAUUGUCAUCGGAGGAGGAUCGGGAGGCCUCGCCUGCUCAAAGGAAGCUGCUUUAUUGGGGAAGAAGGUCAUGGUACUGGACUAUGUUGUGCCCACACCAAAGGGAACCACCUGGGGUCUCGGUGGAACUUGUGUCAAUGUGGGCUGCAUUCCCAAGAAGCUGAUGCACCAGACAGCCCUGCUGGGCACGGCCAUGCAGGACGCACGCAAGUUCGGCUGGGAGUUUGAGGAAACAGUGAAACAUAACUGGGAGACGAUGACGACGGCGGUGAACAACUACAUCGGCUCAUUGAACUGGGGCUACAGGGUGGCCCUGAGAGACAAGAAUGUCAACUAUAUCAAUGCUUACGCAGAGUUUGUUGAACCACACAAAGUCAAGGCGACAAACAAACGAGGGAAGGAGACAUUUUACACAGCAGAUAAGUUUGUCUUGGCUACAGGAGAGAGGCCGCGCUACCUUGGCAUCCCUGGAGACAAGGAGUACUGCAUCACCAGCGAUGACCUCUUCUCAUUGUCUUACUGCCCGGGAAAGACCCUGGUGAUCGGCGCUUCAUACGUGGCUCUGGAGUGCGGCGGCUUCCUGGCCGGCCUCGGUCUCGAUGUCACCGUCAUGGUGCGGUCGAUCCUGCUGAGAGGCUUUGACCAGGACAUGGCCAACCGUGCCGGGGAGCACAUGGAGGAGCACGGCGUGAAGUUCCUCAGAAAAUUUGUGCCUGUAAAGGUAGAGGAGCUGGAAGCAGGCACUCCUGGGAGGCUGAAGGUGACAGCCAAGUCAACAGAAACGGACGAGAUCAUCGAGGGAGAGUACAACACUGUGUUGAUAGCCGUUGGCCGGGACGCGUGCACAGACAAGAUUGGCCUGGACAAGACAGGCGUCAAAGUCAACCCUAAGAAUGGAAAAAUCCCAGUGAACGAUGAAGAGCAGACUAACGUGCCCAACAUCUACGCCAUCGGAGACAUCCUGGAAGGCAAGUGGGAGCUGACACCUGUAGCCAUCCAGGCCGGCAAGCUGCUCGCACGGCGCCUCUACGCUGGGGCAAAACUCAAGUGUGACUACAUCAACGUUCCCACCACGGUCUUCACCCCGCUGGAGUACGGCGCCUGUGGUCUGUCAGAGGAGAGAGCCACUGAGCUCUAUGGACAGGAAAACAUCGAGGUGUUCCACAGUCUCUUCUGGCCUCUGGAGUUCACUGUGCCCGGCAGGGACAACAACAGAUGCUACUCGAAGCUCAUCUGCAACAAACUGGACAACGACCGAGUCAUCGGGUUCCACUACCUGGGUCCAAAUGCUGGGGAGGUGACGCAGGGCUAUGGUGUAGCCAUGAAAUGCGGUGCCACUAAAGAGCAGCUGACAGCACCAUCGGCAUCCACCCAACCUGUGCUGAGAUCUUUACCACUAUGGACGUGACCAAGAGCUCAGGUGGAGACAUCACCCAGGCCGGCUGCUGAGGUUAAACCCUGCUCGUUUAGCGGGCAGCUCUCAUAUUAGACUCAUCUACCAUCCCUUCUCAUCCAACCUUUAGGCUCAGCCUCACCUUCAGCUUCUCAGUGUACGCGGCAGUCGUUUUCUCAGGACAAAAACCUAACACCAAACCCAGUGUCUGAAUCGCUGAAAGCACUUACUUAGGCUAGCAGCCAAGCUGAGAGGAUGAGGAUGUGCGAGCCUCUAGUCCUGGCUGAGGAAGUUUUUAAAUGAGAGCUGCCUGCUGAACAGCGGGGUUACUCUGCUGACAUCCUUCUGGGCACCGCCAGUCGUCUUCUCAGAGGAGCACCAACACACACAAGUGUGUUUGGGGCUGUUUGUGACGUCCUCGCCCUUAACCUGGUAUUCUAAGGUGGGCAAGGAUCGAUGUCCUUCUGCAGAAGCGCCUGAUGGUGGCUUAAAAACCCUUCGUCCAAAUCCCCAACGUCAAACACUUUUCAUUGAACCCCAGAAUACAAAGAGCAUACAGACCGAGUUUUGUCAAAGAGAAUCAAAUUGGCACAUAACCAGGGUUUGAAAAAAGAUACACCUCUCUGAACUCUGGUCCAGCUUAUAAUGGAAAUGUAUUGUUUAAUCUGGUACGUGUGUGAGUGUGUUUAAAUUUGUAACGUCUCUUCUCGAUUUUUCAACACAUUCCUCUUAUCAGGUCUUUCAGUUUCAGAUGUAUUCAAGGUGUACAUUUGCAUUGUCAAUAUUUAUCUUUGCUGGCUGUGUGGAGGGUUUCGCUGCCUUUAAGAGAACUUUAUCUCUACCAAAAUGUUUUCUCUAAACAAGUCUGCAGAAAGAUCGGGCGCAGAUCAACGUACACCUCUCAAACCUGGAUGUGCUGCAUCACAACACUGUCGGGUAGAAAUUGAACGAAAAGAACUACCUAGCUGAAGUGAAUGUUGUUUAAAAAAACAUUUUCACCAUUAAUUUAAUGCAUCUCACUGUUUGCCUCUACAUUAUGUGUAUGUUAAGAAAUAUAUAUUUGGUCUUCUAGAGGAGAGUAGUCUGGCUGCUGUCAGUGAGUUGUUCAUCUGUCUGCUGCUGUCAAACCACUGUAGUUGACUUCUUUUCAAACAUUUAAUAAAGGAUGACUUUAGCAUCACUUUUCUCA